AUGCCCGUGGCGCUGAACGAGGAAGAGAAUCUCUGGUCCAGGAUUCUUGACGAAGUCCGGUCAAAGUCUACCAGCAAUCUUCCCGAGUCAUCGGUGCUCGUUCUCGGUGACAACGAAUCAGGGAAAACGUCACUAGUGGCACGUCUACAAGGUAUUGAAGACCCGAAGAAAGGCUUUGGCUUAGAAUAUCAUUACCUAGAUAUUCACCCGGACUACAAAAAUGGAUCUUACGCAUAUCAGCUAAGUAACGCUCUUCCCGACGUGUCUCCAGGUGAGUCGUCGCGACUUGGUGUUUGGGUGCUCGACGGCAAUCCGAUAUUUUCACAUUUGAUUAAAUUUGCGUUGACAAAAAAUCUUGAUCACUGUGUAACGAUAAUUUGUUGUUCAAUGGCCGAGCCUUGGUCUAUCCUCGACAGCCUCAACCGAUGGGUGACUGUAUUAAGGGACCAUGUUGAAAAUUCUGGGCUUUACGACGCAGACCUUCUUCGAGAUUGCCAAGAAAGACAGAAGCGGUUUUGGCAAGAAUACGUCGAACCAUUAGAUAGCAGCUCUCACAAUGAUUUUGGCAGCAAGGUGCCCAGCAUGGAAACGGAACAGAUUCUUUUGCCGUUGGGUGAAUCGGCCCUGAUUCACAACAUCGGAUUGCCGCUGAUUGUCGUAAUGACGAAGGAUGAACUCUUCGAUUUCAUUUUGAUGCACGUGCGGAAGUUCUGUCUCAAUUAUGGCGCAGCCCUGGCUUAUACGAGCGUUAAAGAGACGAGGCAUUGUGAAACGCUAUAUAAGUAUAUUUUGCACCGUGUGUAUGGUUUUCCCUUUACACAGCCUGCCUUCAUUCCUGAGAAAGACAGUAUAUUUAUUCCCGCUGGUUGGGAUAACGAGAAAAAAAUUGGCAUUCUGUGCGAAAACCUGAUCAGCUUUAAACCAGAAGACAGCUUCGAGGAACAUGUGAAAAAGCCCGCUUUCAAAAGGCCGAUGUCGAAAGAUGCCUUGGUGCAGGCGGAGGAUGACCAAGUUUUUCUUUCGAAGUUGCAGGUGUUGCUGACGACGCCGACCACGCCAUCGUCGCAAACCACACCGACUACUCAUCGACAAGUCUCUGAAAUUGAAUGCACUGUUCCCGUUAUCGUUCGUUUUAGUCCUGGAAUAUAA